AUGGUAAACUACAAGAGGAAUAGUGGCCCAUAUUUAAGUGGACAGCAGCCAUAUACUUUCUGGCAGCACGAUUUACCAUCUUGUGUUUUUGGUUCCCGCAGGGCUUUAGCGACACCUGGUGUAUCCUCAGUGACUCCACCAGUAGAUAUCGUAAUUAGGCCGCGCAACAGGUACCCGCAGAGCGAGUUAUCGACCUAA